AUGACUUACGGUCAUGUGUGCAGGGACCCAGACUACCUGAAGCUGUGGCUGGAGAUCUUCAUUGGCUCCUAUGAGAGAUGUCUAGAUGUGGACUUUGAGAAGCCACCCUCCAGGUUGGAGGAGGUGCCUCCAGUGAUGACCCUGUUGCCAGACAACAUCCUGCAGGUGUUGCGGCACCAGCUGCUCCAGUGUGUCCAGAAGGCCUCGGACGGGCUGGAGCAGGAGCAGCAGAACCUGGCCCUCCUGCUGGUCAAAUUCCUCAUCGUCAUCUGCAGGAACCUGUCCAAUGUGGAGGAGAUUGGCACCUGCUCCUACAUCAACCAUGUCAUUACCAUGACAACGCUCUACAUCCAGCAGCUGAAGAGUAAGACCAAGGAGAAGGAGAUGGUGGACCAGACUCAGGCCGAGGAGUUUGUCCGCCACUCUCUGGCCUUCUGCGAGAGCCUGUACGACCCCUACCGGAACUGGAGACAUCGCACCUGCGGGGACCAGCGGAGUACAGUGGAGAAGAGCAGACAGAAACACAAAGCAGCUCCUCUCACCGUGGAGUUUGUGCCCUUCUUCUACCAGUGCUUCCAGGAGAGUGAACACCUUAAGGACAGUCUGAAAUGCUGUCUGUUACACCUGUUUGGAGCCAUUGUGGCAGGGGGACAGGUGAGAAUCAAGAUGCACUCUUUUCACCCUACACUAUCCCCUACACUGUCCCCUACACCCUACACCCUACACUUCAUUGGCAGCAGAGAACUGGAAGGAAAGGCAGGCAAAGAAGCGUUGGCUUUGGGGGUGACCAGUGAAAUAUACCUGCUGGAGCGCGUGCUACUAGUGGGUGUUGCUAUGGUGACCAAUGAGCUAAGGCGGGGCUUUACCUAG